AUGCCCAUAGUCGAGAGAUCCUGGUUGGCGGCCUUUGGCACCGGAGGCUUCCCCAAUGAGCCCGCACUAAUGGAAGAACUGGGGAUAAAUUUUCAGCACAUAAAGUCCAAAACGCUUUCCGUUCUUAACCCGUUUAAGCCCUUGGAUACAGAGAUCUACGAUGACUCUGAUAUGGCCGGACCAUUGUUGUUUAUCUUGGUUUUGGGUACUUUCCUGCUGCUUAGUGGUAAAUCCCAGUUUGGUUAUAUUUAUGGCGUCGGGUUGAUGGGUACUCUGGGAAUUUGGACUAUACUUAAUUUGAUGUCGCAGGGCGGCAUUGCUGUUAUGCGUACGGCUAGUAUCUUGGGUUACUGCCUGUUGCCUAUUGUGUUUUUGGGCAGUGUUGGGUUGGCGGUGGAUUUGAAGAGCACGCAGUUGGGCGCUCUUGCUGCUGUGUUGCCUAUUGCGUGGUGCACAUAUUCAUCCGCCACUAUGUUUGUCACUGUUCUGUCCAUGUCCGAGCAGCGGUUAUUAGUAGCAUAUCCUGUCGGUCUGUUCUACACGAGCUUUGCGCUGCUGACUGUAUUUUAG